AUGGAUUCGGAGAAGCGCAAAUUUGGAGAUGAUGACGAGGGCCAGCCGCCCCCCUCGCCCAAACGACGAGUGAUUGGACCGUCGCUCCCUUCGGCCGAAUCACGGGAGGCUAGCGGCAGCUGCAGCGGCAGCGACGACAGUGACGAUAGUGACGAUGACUUUGGUCCCAGCUUGCCUCCGCCGGACGGGGCAGGUGCGCCAGCUGUACCAGAGUCCGCUCAAACGGAAAACCCUGGGCCUGAGUCUGCCAAGGGCGAAAAAGCAGAAAGCCGUCGAGACCAAUGGAUGCUGCAACCGCCAGAGCAUAGUGACUGGGCAUCCAAGAUUGAUCCAACCCAGCUACGGAAUCGAAAAUUUCAGACGGGCAAGACCGCCCGUGCUGCCACUGCGUCUUCCAAAACUGUUGAUGCUUCCUGGGUCGAAACUCCCGAGGAGAGGAUAAGACGGCUCGAGGACGAAGUGAUGGGUGUGGGUGCCCCAUCGGGGGGUGCUCCGCAAUCUAAGUCUGAGAAGAAAAAUACAACAAAGGACCGCUCCAUGGAAGAGAAGAUCAAAAAGUUUAAUGACCGCUCCGGGAAAAAUCGACGUCUGGAGAAGCCAGAAAAAACUCGAAAGGAGGAGGAAGAUGACCCCAGCAUGCGUGCAUUUGACCGGGAGAAGGAUAUGGCCGUAUCUUCAAAGAUCUCGAAUGCACAGCGCAGGGAGAUGGUGAACAAGGCUAGUGACUAUAAUUCUCGAUUCAGUAAAGGCAGUUUUCUCUGA